GGCGGCCCCGGGCGCCUGGCGCGGAAAGCGGCGACGGGGCGGCGGUGGCGGCGGCGGCGCCAUGGAGCCGCGGGAGGUGAAGGACCGAAUCCUGGAGAACAUCUCGCUGUCGGUGAAGAAGCUGCAGAGCUACUUUGCGGCCUGUGAGGAUGAGACCCCUGCUAUCCGGAACCAUGACAAGGUCCUGCAGCGCCUGUGUGAGCACCUGGACCAUGCCCUGCUGUACGGAUUGCAAGACCUGUCCUCCGGCUACUGGGUGCUUGUGGUCCAUUUCACCCGCAGAGAGGCCAUCAAGCAAAUUGAAGUGCUACAGCAUGUGGCCACCAACCUGGGGCGCAGCCGUGCCUGGCUCUACCUGGCUCUCAAUGAGAAUUCCUUGGAGAGCUACCUGCGCCUGUUCCAGGAGAGCCAGGAUCUGUUACAGAAGCACUACGUCAGGAACGCCCUGGUCUGCAGCCAUGAUCACCUGACUCUCUUCCUGACCUUGGUGUCCGGGCUGGAGUUUAUUCGGUUCGACCUGGAUCUGGAUGCUCCUUACCUAGACCUGGCCCCCUACAUGCCUGACUACUAUAAGCCUCAGUAUCUGCUGGACUUUGAAGACCGCCUUCCCAGCUCAGUCCAUGGUUCUGACAGCCUCUCCCUCAACUCCUUCAACUCUGUCACCUCCACCAACCUGGAAUGGGAUGAUAGCGCGAUUGCCCCUUCUAGCGAGGAUUAUGAUUUUGGAGAUGUGUUCCCAGCAGCGCCGUCUGUACCCAGCACAGACUGGGAAGAUGGAGACCUCACAGAUACCAUCAGUGGCCCCCGCUCCACUGCCUCGGACCUGACCAGUAGCAAGGCGUCCACCAAGAGCCCCACCCAGCGCCAUAACCCCUUCAACGAGGAGCAGGCCGAGACCGCGUCAUCUGACACCACCCCUGUGCACACUACCUCUCAGGAGAAGGAAGGGGCCCAGGACCCAGACCAGCCAGAUGCUUGUACGGAGCUUGAGGUUAUCAGGGUCACCAAGAAGAAGAAAAUUGGUAAAAAGAAAAAGAACAAAUUGGAUGAGGAAAUGCACCUGCUGCACCCCACCUCUAGUCAGCAGAAGUGUGGCAGGCAGGGGGAUGGCGACAGACUCGUGGACACCCCAGGCCUGGCCCGGGAUUCUUCGGACACCGCACUUGCCUCCCCGCAGGAGCAAGGGGAAGGGCCCUGCGGUGCAACUGAGAGCACUGAGCUCUCAGAGCUCAGCCAGGUGGGCUUGCUGAUCCCCGAGAUGAAGGACACCUCCAUGGAGUGCCUGGGACAGCCCCUGAGCAAGGUCAUUGACAAGCUGCAUGGACAGCUGGACCCCAGCACCUGGUGCUCCCACAGCAAUCCCCCAGAUCAGUCCUUUCGGACCGGCUCUCCCGGGGAGGCCCCGGAGAAACCACCAUUUUGCGACUUUAGUGAGGGGCUUCCAGCCCCCAUGGACUUCUACCGGUUUACAGUCGAGAGUCCAAGUACUGUUGCACCAGGUGGCGGCCACCAUGACCCUGCAGGGCCGAGCCAACCGCUGCAUGUUCCUGGUAGCCCUGCGCCUGCUAGCCAAGAAGAAGAGGGAGGAGGAGGAGAGGAACAGGCAUCUUUGCCCCUAGAGGACGUGCCCCGGGAGGCUCGGGAGUCUGAAGCUCAGGAACCAGAGCUUCAGGAACCGGAAGGCCAAGUGCCACUGGUCAGCCAGGAGCCUGGGCCUGAACCUGUGUCCCAGGCGGAACUUGGAACUCAGGAGGCUCUUAGCAAGCUCAAACGAGAGCAGCCCAGUCCGUGUCUGAGCAGUGCCGAGGACUCUGGGGUAGAUGAGGGCCAGGGGAGCCCUUCAGAGAUGACGCACCCCUCAGAGUUCAGAGUAGACAACAACCACCUACUCCUACUGAUGAUCCAUGUCUUUCGAGAAAACGAAGAGCAGCUGUUCAAAAUGAUCCGGAUGAGCACGGGGCACAUGGAGGGCAACCUGCAGCUGCUGUACGUGCUACUCACAGACUGCUAUGUCUACUUGCUUCGGAAAGGGGCCACAGAGAAGCCAUACCUGGUGGAAGAGGCUGUUUCUUACAAUGAACUUGACUAUGUGUCGGUUGGCCUUGACCAACAGACUGUCAAGCUGGUGUGCACCAACCGCAGGAAGCAGUUUCUGCUGGACACGGCUGACAUGGCCCUGGCUGAGCUCUUCUUGGCAUCUCUGAAGUCGGCCAUGAUCAAAGGCUGCCGGGAGCCACCCUACCCCAGCGUCUUGACUGAUGCCACCAUGGAGAAGCUGGCACUGGCUAAAUUUGUCGCCCAGGAAUCCAAAUGUGAGGCCUCCACUGUGACUGUGCAUUUCUACGGGCUCGUACACUGGGAGGACCCCAUGGAUGAGGCCUUGGGCCCUGCUCCCUGCCACUGCUCAGCCCCGGAGGGCACCAUCACCAAGGAAGGCGUGCUGCACUACAAGGCCGGCACCUCCUACCUGGGCAAGGAGCACUGGAAGACCUGCUUCGUGGUGCUCAGCAAUGGGAUCCUGUACCAGUACCCUGACCGCACUGAUGUCAUCCCUCUGCUCUCAGUGAACAUGGGGGGGGAACAAUGCGGUGGCUGCCGGAGAUCCAACACCACGGAUCGGCCCCACGCCUUCCAGGUCAUUCUGGCUGACCGGCCCUGUCUGGAGCUGAGUGCUGACAGCGAGGCUGAGAUGGCUGACUGGAUGCAACAUCUCUGCCAGGCCGUGUCCAAAGGAGCCACACCGCAGGGCGUGUCUCCCAGCCCCUGUAUUCCUUGCUGCCUGGUGAUCACUGAGGACCGCCUCUUCACAUGCCACGAGGAUUGCCAAACCAGCUUCUUUCGCUCCCUGGGCACAGCCAGGCUGGCAGACAUCAGUGCCAUCUCCACAGAGCUGGGCAAGGAAUACUGUGUCCUGGAGUUCUCUCAGGAUACCCCACAGCUGCUCCAACCCUGGGUCAUCUAUCUGAGCUGUACUUCCGAACUGGACCGGUUCCUGACCGCCCUGAGCUCCGGGUGGAAAGCCAUCUACCAGGUAGACCUCCCUCACAAGGCAAUCCAUGAAGCUUCCGUCAAGCAGAAAUUUGAAGAUGCUCUGAGCCUCAUUCAUAGCGCCUGGCAGCGGAGUGACAGCUUGUGCCGUGGCAGAGCCUCCCGGGACCCCUGGUGCUGAAGCAUGGCUGGGCAGCACUGCAGGCAGGCAGGAAGGAGGCAGGCUGAUCAGCAAGGGCACUGUGGUGUGCCACCAUGCUGUUUCGGAGCCAGGUGCCCACAGGCCUCUACAGCCCACUCCUGCCUUGGGUGGCAGAACCACUUGUAUGGCUUGAGACAAGAAUCCAGAGUGGGUGCCUAGCACCUAGCAUCCUGCCCAACUGGUAGUGACUAGUGGUCACUGGGGCAGAAGGUCUGAGCCCUGUGGGCUCUGUAGACACACAGUGUCCCCUGGGCCACCACCUUAGUCCUCACCAUCUGCUCAGGGUGGCUAUGAGAAUAAUAUCAUCCAUUUAAGGGAGCACAAACAGACCAGGAGGGUGGGCACGCCAUCUCCCUCUCCUGGGUCACGGGCCUGGACAGAUGGUCAGGGCCCCCAUGGGCGUCCUAAGUGCCCAGCCAUUCUUGUUCGUUUUGGAACACUAUCUUCACUGCACAGGGAAACGGGAAUACUAGAUAUCUGUGCAUGCCUCCUCCUCAUGCACCCGGCCCGUGCACAGUGGCCCGCCUUGCAUAGCCUGGGCCCAGCCAGCAGCCCUCCAUGGCUGCCAGGAGGCCCUGCAUGUCCACAGCCCUGCCUCUCCUCUUCCUCAAAUACAGCAGAACUUAUAGGGAUCAAUUGGCCCCUCUUGCCAGGAGCAAAGGAGGGGGCGGGGAGAGGAGCCCGGCCCUUGAGCCUGGUGGCUACUUUGACACUUGACUGACCCCUGCUUGGCUGGAGCUGUUAGGUCCCUUGGGAGGACAGGUCAAGCGAAUUGGGUUUUGUUUUAUAAAAUAAAAUUGACGUUAUAUUGCUGAGACUUGUCACUGGCCCUC